AUGAAUCCAGAAUAUGACUACCUUUUUAAGCUUUUGCUGAUUGGUGAUUCUGGCGUAGGCAAAUCAUGUCUUCUUCUGAGGUUUGCUGACGAUUCUUAUAUUGAUAGUUACAUUAGUACCACCGGCGUGGACUUUAAAAUUCGCACAGUGGAGCAGGAUGGGAAAUCAAUUAAGCUACAAAUAGUGAGUAAUUGGUAUUCCUUACAUCUGACUGUUUAUGUGAAGCAAUGGUUGAAUGAAAUCGACCGAUAUGCUAGUGACAAUGUUAAUAAGCUUCUUGUUGGAAACAAGAGCGAUCUCACAUCACAGAAAGUUGUUUCAACCGAGACAGCCAAGGCACUUGCUGAUGAAAUCGGGAUACCUUUUCUGGAAACUACUGCAAAAGAUGCCACUAACGUUGAGCAGGCAUUCAUGGCUAUGUCUGCAGCUAUCAAGAACAGGAUGGUGAGCCAGCCAGGGAUGAAUAAUGGCCGACCUCCGACUGUACAGAUCAGAGGACAGCCUGUGAAUCAAAGUUCCGGCUGCUGCUCAAGCUGA